UUAUCGAUGGGAGCUGAGAAAACUGAAUGACGGGCUCCAACACAAUGAAAAUUUUAGUUUGACUAUCAACGCCGACGGUAUACGGGCAACCCUUUCUGUGAGUUAAACGAAUUAUGGACCUUUACGCUGGUAUCACGCGCUACUGGUGGAAUCAGCGUAUUCAGUGAUUCAAAGAUCAGAUUCGAUGUGUUAAAAAAACACAGGCUGUUUUGACAGCAACACGUCCAGUUCGUACAGUUCGUAACUUUCGUGAAACCACACUGGUCGAAUAAGUGAACACUACAACGCGGGGUCGACGACCCACAAAACUUGCAGUUGCUUCAUUUCAUUUCAACCCCGCACUGCCUCGAUCGCUGACAAGGAUGCAAGAAUCGAGGAAAGGGAGCCACAGGGAAGGGGGCGUGGGCUGGGCGGUCGUGUUUGCCGCCUUUCUGACCCAGUUCAUCCUUUACGGCAACUUGAAGGCCGGGGGCGUCCUCCUCACUAACAAAAGUAAGGACUUUGAAACGCGUCUGUGGACCGUCGGACUGAUCGAUGCAAUGUAUUACGGGAUGCAGUUUGCGCUGUCUCCUGUUCCAGUCGCCAUUUCGGACCGUGUAGGCGUGCGGCCGGUGGUGGUCGUGGGUGGAUUGCUCAGCUGGGCAGGCUUUGUGCUUGCGUCCUUCAGUGGAGGUCUGCUCCAAUUGACGGUGGCCAUGGCGGUUAUUGCAGGCGCCGGGGCCGCAUGCGUCAAGGAGACUACCUUCUCUCAGAUGGCUCUGUACUUCCAUGAGCGAUACGCCCUGGCAAGCUUCGUCGCCAAGUCCGGAGCGCCCGUCGGCAUGAUGGUCUACGGACCGGUAACUCAGCUCCUCAUGGACUGGUACGGUUGGCGAGGUGCUACGAUGAUCCUAGGGGCCUUCAAUUUCCAUCUGACCGCCUGUGGCUUUCUGGUAGGCCGGCCAGUGGUGCGAUGUGGCGGUGGAGGAUUCCGCUAUCAGAAGGUCACGUCUGGCGUCCCGUCCUCCGGCGUUGACGACUUCGACAGAGGGUGCUUGGAUGGUAGUGAGGACGGUGCUGUCUGCUGCAGUCAGUUCAUCUCGGCCAUGGGUCUAGAUGUCUUCAAGGACGUCAGAUUCUUGUUCUUGACCGCCAUCAAGCUGUUCAGUGAGUUCGGCUUCGCUGGGAUCGUCAUCUACAUGGUUCCCAACGCGCUGUCGUUGGGGUUAGACGAGUACCAGGCCUCCUUUACUACCACGGCCUGGGGCGUGGGGAAUUUCCUCGGGUUGUCACUGACGGCCGUGGUCAUGCACUACCGAGUCCUCUCCGUCUGGAUCGUGAUGGGGAUUGGGACAAGUCUAGCUAUCGUCUGCUACGCUCUGGAUCCUCUAAUCUCCUCCUUCGUGGGCCAGAUCGCCGUCACGGCGGUGAUUGGCGCCAGCGUGGAGAGUCUGUUCCUAGUCCCCCUGAUUAUGACCCGGUACCUGACUACAGAUGACCACGUCGUCUUCCUCUACAGCUGGCAGAAUUUCAUCUCGGGUCUGUCCUACCCAGUUGCUGGGCUCGUAACAGGCCUUCUGUUUGAGGGAGGUUGUAACUUCAAAGCAGCCUUUUUCAUGUUCAGUGGCACCAUGGUGAUGACGUCACUCUGCAUAAUUCUAUAUUUUAUCUACACCAAGAAAUCGCAAAACUUGACUUAGCUUUCGCUCGUACCCCCGCCCUGCAAACAGGACGCUGGGAAGGGCUGAUGAACAUAAGCUCUGAUUGGAUAGAUUUGGCGUGACCCGUGACCUGUAAGUCAUCACGGCCACGACCCUGCAAGGUUUUAAACGGCCGUUAAGACCGAGUCACUAUUCUUUUAUUCCAUUCAUACAUCAUUAUUUAUGUUCAAAAUCAUUUUCGUUCAAAAGUGUAAUAAUGUAGGAAAAUCUGUAAAACAUAUCGGCUUUGUAAAUUUUCAAUUCCCGUCACUUGCUCAGGCUCCGUUCCGAAUUCACGACGGGUCAAAUUGCAUAUUAUGCGACGCUCAAAUUUGUCCACAUGGUC